UUCGUUAUGAAUUGUAAUAGCAAAAAGGAACAACGGUACAAAAAUUAUACAAACAAACUAAAUCAUAUAAUAAAAAUAGCCAAAAAACAUAUUAUGAAUAUCAAUUGAUCAAAUUAAUACAAACAGAAUUCAAGAAUGGUGUGGAAAACACUUAAUAAUGAAUUACUCAAUAAGCCCAAGAAAAGCACGAAAAUAUCACAAAGCUUUGUUGAAACCAACUCAUCAAAUAAUUUAGAUGAUCCCCAAGAAAUAGCUAAUCACUUCAACGACUACUUUACUAAUGACCCCAUUUGGCAAAUAAAAUAAAACAAAAUGACAAUAAUAAUUUUAAUAAAUAUCUGAAAAGUGACUUUAGGUUUUCCUUAUCCCAUCACAGAAAAUGAAUUAGAAGUUGAACUAAAAAACAUCAAGCAAUAUACGAUGUGGAUAUGAUGGUAUUAGCACAACCAUUACAAAACUAGCAGCUAGAGAAAUCUCUAAAUCAUUAACACACAUUUUCAUCUAACAUUUACGACUGGAAUCAUUCCAGACAAUCUAAAAGUCGCAUUGAUUACACCAAUUUUCAAGGCUAAUGACGAAAUGAAGUUUGAAAACUACCGACCAAUAUCAGUUCUUGUUUGUUUUGCAAAAUUGUUAGAAAAACUUAUGAUUAAUAGACUGUCAAAAUUUAUUGAUAAAAAUAAAAUUUUUUCAAAGCAUCAAUAUGGAUUUAGGAAACAGAGAUCAACUGAACAUGCAUUAAUUGACUUUAUUGAUAAAAUUACUAAUGUAAUUGAUGAUGGUAAAUACUCUGUUGGUAUUUUCCUUGAUUUAUCUAAGGCAUUUGAUACAAUUGAUCACAAGAUUCUGAUAAAGAAAUUGGAACAUUAUGGUAAUAGAGGAGUGGCCAAAAAACUGAUUUCUGUUGUAUUAUUUGCAGAUGACACAAACGUACUAUAUAGUCAUGAAUGUCUUAGAAAAUUGGAUGAAUUCAUUCAAGUCGAAAUUAAAAAAAAAUUCAGAUUGGCUUAAUGCAAAUAAAUUGUCUAUGGAUGCAGAAAAAACAAAUUUAUUCUUUUUAGAACAAAAAAAAAAGAAGCUUGAAGAUACCAUUAACAUUUCGAUCAAUAAUAACAAUAUACAACAAGUCUAAAACACUACAUUUUUAGGGAUUGUUAUUGAUGAAUUCUUGACAUGGUGUAACCACAUGGAUUUGAUUACAAAAAAAUCAUUAAAUGUGCAGCAUUCAUUUCCAGGAUAAAGCAUUUCACAAACUUAAACUCUUUGAAACUAAUAUAUUAUGCCUUGGUCCAUCCAUAUAUCUAACGUAUGGCAACCUAAUAUGGGGUAACACCUACAAAUCCCGUAUUAAAAAGUUAGUAAAUAUUCAAAAAAAAUUGUGAGAUUAAUGGCUUUCAAAUCUUCUUUUGAUCAUUCCGAACCAACUUUUAAAGAAUUGCAAAUACUCAAUUUAUUCAAAAUAAAUGAUUAUUUAAUAAGGAUAUUCAUGUUCUGAUAUUUCUAUUUACAAAACCUUCCAGAAAUAUUCAGAAAUUAUUUCUCUACUAAAAAGGAAAUUCAUAAUCACAACACGCGAAACUCGAGAUUACUACACAAAAAGUUCAGUAGAACCAACUACGCAAAACAUACGCUUGCUAGUAGAGGCAUAGAAGUUUGGACAUAGAAGUUUACACAAUCUAUAUGUUAUAAUAUUUGAUUGUAUUAAAUACAUUUUACGAAUGAAUAAAAUCCUUUAAGGUUCAACUACGAGACUAUUGUCUUUCAGGGUGUUAUGUACUCGACAUUCAGUGUUAAAAGAUGUAUAUUUCAUAUCAGAAAUAAUUUAUAUACACAUACAAAUAUUACGUCAUUGAAUAAUAAUUAUUCCUAACUAAUUAUUCCAAAGUCUCAACACAGGGUAGCCAUUUGUCUGCUUCAGCCCCUCUAAAAUUUUCGGACUUUCAAACUUUGAACACAGUGCAGUUGCCGAGAAGAAAUUUUGUGAAGUUUUAAGAAAUUUAGCUGUUCCAAAAUGUAUAAUGAUAAAAAUGUGCGCACGAACGACUAGAGUCACUCAAUAGCAUAGUCAUUCGAUUGCGAAUGUCGCUGUUAAUGCUAUGAGUGUGGUUUAUUGGAAAACGCGGACACCGGACAGCGGACACUUUUCAAAAUUUACGAUAAACAUGAAUUAAAACCUGUUAAAGUAUGUCGUCUAAACGUCGUUAAAACGUGUUAAAGUAUGUCGUCGUAAACGUGUUAAACUCCUUUAGUUAGCUCAGGGUAAAACACUAACUAGUAAAACUUUUUGUUUAAUUCCCGCGUUCUUUUUUUCAGAAAAAAUAUUCAGGAUUGAUUACGGAAUCAUUUGAGUUUGCAUCCAUGGACAUUUUUAAAGAAAGAUAAAUCGUCAUUUUCCAUGUACUAGAACACCUAAAUAUAUUAUUGUCCAACAUAAUUCCUGAAAGACGACAAAGUACAUACAAGCCUAUUGGACAAGGUUUGGCAAUCUCGUGCCAAUUAAAGGCGAGGAUGACUGCCAGAACGACCGUUGCUGAUACUACAUGUACAAGCUUCAAUUCGGAGACAAAGAGCAAUGCUGAUAAUAUUGACAUCAUGCAUGAGGGAUGCCAUGUUUCGAAGUCACGUUAUUGCUACAGAGAGAAAUGGGCUUGGGUUCAGAUGAUUUUGAUCAUAUUUCUUGAAAAACUGUUUGAAAUGUCUGCUAUCUUCAUUUCACGUCGACCUUUUCGAGUAAUAUUUUGUUGUCUGCUUGUCACUAUUGGCCUAACGUGUGGCUUUGCAAUGUUAAAAGUUGACAAAAAUGUGAAAUAUUUGUACCUACCUGAAAACAGUGAAGCAUCACAGGAUAUAAGAAAGGCGAGAAGUCUAGGGUUUGAACUCGAAGUACGACAAGAAGAGGUUGUUAUUUUGCCUAAACAUGGCAAAUCCGUUCUGUCGCAAGAAUGUUUGGCAGAAAUGAUUGAUUUACACAACAUUAUUACAGAUAUAGAUCACUACGACGAAUACUGCUAUAGGAAAAACUCAAAUAGAAGUUGUGCUUCAACAAACCUGUUAGAAAUUUUCAGUUAUCAAAAGGAAAACUUAGUUGCCAAUCUUACACAACGUAUCCAGACCGUUCUACAAAAUGAUGCUUUUCUUAUGGCCAAUGGCAGAAGACUCGUCGAUAAUUUUAAUAGAAUUUUUGGAAAUAAUGCUUCCGGCGAUUCACUUGAUUCCACAAAUGCGCUGAGAAUGGCUUACUAUAUGAAAGAAUAUGAUAGAGAUGGACAGGAGAAGGAGAACAUUUUGGAUUGGGAGAGUAUUUACCUCAAAAAAAUAUCAUCAUUUUCAAAAAACACUACCUGUGCGAAUGUUUUUUAUGCUGCAGAAAGAAGCUUGGACGACUCUGUAUCAGAAAGUACUGGUUCUGAUAUUUCGUUUUUCGCAGUAACAUUUACAAUCAUGGGCAUUCUUAGUGGCAUUGUGAAUGGAAGAUGUGGUGAUGCUCGUUUUGGUCAUCAAUUGUUAGGAUAUGGUGCAUUGUUGUCCAUUUACUUGGGUGUCACGAGUGCACUUGGCCUUUUAAUGAUUGUUGGUGUUCCCUUUAUCAGCAUGGUUGGUGUUCUACCGUUCUUGGUUGUAAGUAUCGGCAUAGACGAUGUUUUCAUUAUCCUACACGAACUUAAUGAAAUGAUCCGUCAAGAUUUGCCCUCGACGCAUAUGCUAAGCGGGACAAUGGCUAGAAGUGGUCCAACUAUUACCAUGACAACCCUUACUGAUCUUGUAGCAUUUGCCGUUAGCAGUAGUUCCAUUUCCCUUCGAUUCGUCUUUUCUGCACUUACACAGCUGUUGCAAUCUCAUCUGUUUUCAUUCUGUUGCUGACAUUUUUUGUUGGUUGCAUGUGGUUUGAUAUCAAAAGGAUAAACGCUCAACGCAGAGAUUUCUUGCCUUGCCUAAUGAGUCGUCCUCCAACUGAUUGUUGCUUUGGAAUUCGGAGAAGUGGCUUUGACAACGUUAUGAAAGCAUGGGGAAAACUAAUUACUUCACCUGUUGGAAAAGUCUUUGUGUUCUUAGGUUCACUACUUCUCCUAGCUUUUGGAAUUUAUGGCGUUCUUGGCCUCGAUGAAAGUUUUAACAGAAAGUGGUUAACAACGAAAGAUUCACAUUUCCGAAAAUUCCUAAAUGUUUAUGAAGAAAACUUUCACCUUAAUAUCGAAGUUAGCAUAAUUUUCCCGGAAAAAACUGAUCACUCGAGCAUUGAAAUUCAGAAAAUAUACUCCCAAGUCGAAACUCUUGUUGAAAGUAACCAAUAUUUUUCUCCAAGAAGGAUAUCGUGGUUAUCCCAAUAUAUAUGGUGGGCACAGAAUAGAAAGAUCAAAAUCGAUAAUACCAGAAUGUUCCAUCACUACUUGAAGGAGUUUAUUUCACUCCCGGAGUAUCAAAGGUUUGCCCAGGAUGUAAAAUUUUCGAAAGAUAAAACUCAUUUGACGGCUUCAAGGAUGCUAGUAUAUUGUAAGAGUGAUCCUGACUCAAACUUUCAAAGAAAUAUGAUGGCGAGCAUUCGAAAGGAUCUCCACUCAGCGGAUGCUCGUGCAUUUGCUAUUGCCUUGCCUUUUAUAUACUUUGAACAGUAUGCUCAUGUACUUAAUGAAACCAUCAGGAACUUGGUUGUUGCUGGAAUUUCAAUUAUUUUGAU